AUGACUGGCGCGUCCAAACGCCGCCGCCGACACGGUGGCACGACCAACUCUGCGGCAAAGCCUCAGAGCACUGCAGUCGAACAAUACGAUGGACCUUCGAAUCAAGGGCGUCAGCCAGUGAACGCUGGAGUCAUGUCCGCUCCGGCUAAUACUCCUAUGAAUUUCCCCCCCAUAAAAUCGCCAGCUCUUGGUCGUGAAACAGGCCCAGGACCACUUAGUCCGCAAAGCAAUGCCUCGAAUCAGAUGCUUGACCCAGCUCGCGACACUGAUAUGUGCCAUGAUAUAGAAUUUUCACUUAAAUUUAGUUCUUCGCUUACCCUCCGAUAA